UUCUCAGGAGACAUGAAAGGACAGUGGCAGGCCUGCGAAGGCCUUGGGGCUUCUGCAGCCAGGCUUGGGCAGUAUGACCAGGCCUUGAAGUACUAUAAGGCGGCGCUGGCUCAGUGUCAGAAGGAGCCAGUUUCUGUGCGAGAACGGCUAGUGGCCAAGCUGGCAGACGCCAUGAAGACCCACCUGAUCCAGGUUUGUGCCCAGACCCUAGCUCCAGCUCCAGAAAGGCUCCAGGUUCCAAGCAGGGCCCACCAAGUGACUGGGACCUCAGCCAAGGUGCAAAGCAGCACAGCAGAUGCUCAGCACAGACCUUCUUGUAGGUGGGAAGAUGAAGAGUUGGAGGAAGGCCACAAAGAGAAGGAGGAGGAGAGGUGUAUGAAUAUUCCUACAGUGUCUGGGCCUCCGAGACUGGAGCUAAAGUGUGCAGGGCCCGGUAUCCAUCUUCCAUUUGGAGGCACAGGCCCCCCCAUCGUGCAGUACCCUAACAUCCUGGUACCGAAAGGCCACCAAGCCAAUAGCAACAUGAACAACCCUCAUCCAGCUGUAGAGACACAAGGUAUGCCCUGCCGCCUGCAUGGCCUGCCUGCAGGCAUGGGAGAAAGCGGAAAUCCUGAGGAAGGGGCAGGGAUAAAGCUUGAGGCUGCUGCCUCCUGUACUGGAGCCCACAAACAGAGGUCCUGCAAAUGGCCCAGAGAAACCCUCAGCAGGAACCCUCAGAAGAGAAUCCCCCAAUCUGGCUUCUGCAUGAUCCUGUGACCUGCUCCUGCAUGAUCUUGUGGCACGCGCGUGCGCGCGCGCACACACACACACAC